AUGGCAAUAGUUGAAAUGGUUGGGAAGGUAGCUCUAGUAGCACUUUUCUACUGCAUAGUAGUGGCUGUACCACGAGCCAUAGAAGGCGCUAUAACCUGUGAGUUGGUGGUGAGUGACCUUGCCCCCUGUGCAGGAUUCCUGACCACGGGUGGUCAAGUUUCCACAGAUUGUUGUAACGGAGUCAAGUCCUUACAAAAUUCCGCGGCAACCAAGGAUGAUCGCCAGAUGGUCUGCAGGUGCGCUGAACAAACCGUUUCAACACUCCCUGGAAUUAACCUUACCAAUGUUCGAGAUCUUCCUGGCAAAUGUGGUGUCAAUUUUCCCUAUGAAAUCACCCCCGGCACCGAUUGCUCAAAGGUGCAGUGA